AUGCCGGGACCGGACGGGAGUGGACGUCGAUUGACGUUGGCCGCGUAUCGGGACAUUGCCAUUGCCAUCAGCCGACGGUAUUUCAGCAAUACCAAGCCGUUUCCGCAUAACGUCCGCGAGGAUGGGACCGAGGUCAUAGCCAACGACGAGGAGAACGAGGAUGCCAUAGACGACGAGCAGUGGAUCCGCCAUGUAGCGGAUUUGCAAGCGGCGCACACCACCCACGUUGCCGAGAUGGCCGGAUUCCGGACGAGCAGCGUGCAUUGGCAUGAUUUGUUAGGGUUUAACAUCAAGGACGUCCCCAGCAGCGUGUUGGCGGAUGACCGGAUAGCCCACGAUGCAGUUUCGCGGGGUGCAGGGGGCCGCCAUCCAAUCGAUCCAAGCAGGCCAUUCCUGGGUGGUCGUAGUGAUGCCCACGGGAGGUGGGAAAAGCAUAUUGUUUAUGUUGCCCGCCGGCGAUGCCAGGCCGCCGGCAUCCUAUGUGUCGAGUGGGACAGCCAUCGCCAUCCCGAUCAUGCCGCCAUUAUAUUCGUCACACCCGAGUCCGUAUUCACGGACGGGUUCCAGUCGUUUUUGAACCGCCAGCGCGAGUUGAUGCGGUUAGACCGGAUUAUCAUCGAUGAAUGCCAUAUAAUGUUGAACGAGUCCGAGACGUUUCGCCCGCGGUUACAGCAAUUAGGUCGAUUGCAUCAGUGUGGCGUGCAGAUAGUGUUUUUGACCGCGACAUUGCCCCCAUGCGAGGAGACCCAGUUAUUUGAGCGAAUGCAAGUUACGCGGGAGGACAUUAGUAUGCACCGCGAGCGAACCAGUCGCCACAAUGUGGCAUACCGAGUACACCGGCCCGUGAUUGCAUCGAAACAUCGUUCCCAGACGCAAUAG